GGGGCCUCGCAUGACAUGCUGUAUAUGGGCGUCUGUGAUCGCCGGGCCGAUCGAAUCGAUGAUACGAUGAAUCUCAGAUCCGAUCGCGCGCUGUGUGCAGGCGCCCGUGGUGUUCCCAGCCGACUCAUGUUCCUCCCCAGCCUAUCGCGCCUUGCCUCCCGAGUCCCCGCCCUCACUGCAACUACUCGACGUGCCAUGUCGUCUGCUGCUCCUCCAGAGUUCAGGCCGUUCAACCUUGCGCUCAUUCAGUUGGGCCAGGUUGGUGCGGAUAAGGCGGCCAACCUCAAGCAUGCUCGUGAGAUGAUCAUGAAGGCUGCAAGAGGAAACGGAGGAUCAAAGCCCAAGCCGAACCUCGUUGUGUUGCCAGAGUGCUUCAACUCUCCGUACGGACACACGCACUUCCCUGUCUAUGCUGAGACAAUUGGAUACAAGCCUGGGGAGUCAUACAGCGUUGAGGCGUCGGUGAGCGAGUCGGUGAAGAUGUUGUCGGCUGCGGCGAAAGAGGCAGGAGUCUGGCUCAUUGGAGGUUCGAUACCUGAACGCGAUGAGACGGACCAGAAGGUGUACAACACCUCAACGGUAUAUUCACCUGCAGGAGAGCUGGUCGCUAUGCACCGUAAAGUACACCUGUUCGACAUCGAUAUUCCUGGGAAGAUCACGUUCAAGGAGAGCGAGACGCUCUCAGGAGGCACCAGUAUCAACUACUUUGAUACGGAGUUCGCCCGCAUUGGACUCGGCAUCUGCUACGAUGUGCGCUUCCCAGAGCUCGCAAUGAUCAGCGCACGGAAAGGCUGCCAAGUCCUCAUAUACCCCGGCGCCUUCAACCUUACAACAGGUCCUCUUCAUUGGGAGCUGCUGCAGCGGGCACGAGCGAACGACCAACAAGUGUAUUUCUCGAUGUGCAGCCCCGCACGAGACCUGUCGGCUGGGUACCACGCGUGGGGCCAUUCGAUGGUCGUCGAUCCCAUGGGCAAGGUGAUCGCAGAGACGGAGCACGAGGAGGCCAUCGUCUACGCGCACAUCGACCCGAAGACGUUCCACGACGCGCGGGCGGGGAUCCCGGUGACGGUACAGCGGCGGUUCGACGUGUACGCGGACGUGAGCGAGGGCGUCGUUGUCGGGAAGUAGUAGAUGUUGUGUUGUGUAUAGUAGAGUGUGUAUCAGUACUUGGCUGUUGUGGCG